UUCUUUAUUUAGUUAUUAGGUGCCAUGAAAUAUAGAUGUCGUAGACAAAAAUGAGCAAUCGCAACACCACCGUUUCAAACUUAAAAAGAGUAGACGAAAGUAGUCGUCUGGAUGAGCAAAAACACACAACCAGACAAGAAUUGACAGUCAUUGUGAAUGCACUACAUGUGUCAUAAUAAAUGUGAGAAACUCAGAAGCGGUCAGUUCAAAACACAUUGAAGUAUUCUCCUGUUGCAUGUCUACUGCAAUCUACUGCAUUUUUGAAUGUGAAAUAUGUGUGUGGAGAAAUAGGGGUGUGGUGAAAUGUGUGUGUAUUUAUAAGUCAAAACAUUAAUAAAGGAUGAUAGUCUGAGUGAUCUGAUGGAAACUCUGGCUUCUUUUAUCUCUCACUCUAACAGAGCUCAUUUGGGGAGCGCGAGCGCCGUCUGGUGGGACAUUUGCAGGCUCGGGUCAGUAAAAAGCAAUUAACCCAAGGAGAUGUAUUGGGAAAAAAGUGUGAUGUAGGAACUUUUUUUGUGCAGCGCAUUUUGUUUGGUUGACUGAUAAAUACAUAAUCAAGUUGCCACGAGCGUGCGUUUCGAGAACUUCAUCAAGUCUGAACAAACUUGACUCCGAGAAGCUCCUCAGUGAUGAGUUCAGGAGGGAUCCUGAGUGCGCCGUGAAGCUUCGUCACUGUUUCUCCGAAUUCACUCAUUCAUUUAGAAGGUAAAUGUUGACGUGACGUCACGUCUGGAAUGUUCACUCAUUUGGGACAGGACAGUGUAAUGAAUGCCAUAUGCGGCUAUGACGGGUAUAUUAAAUUAAUUAAUAAGCGCUCCAAACGCACCCCCUCCACCACCCUUCAUUUCUCUCUCUCUCUCUCUCUCUCUCUCUCUCUCUCUCUUUCUUUCUCUCUGCCGUCUUAUUGCUCUCAUCCAGGCGGCCGAGGUGCCGGGAGGUAAUCCCCCUCCAUGUGAGGAGGAGGCACGGGUGUGGAGGCGUGGAGGUUUUUUUUUUUUCAUAUUCAAAUUCUUACAAGUCCUAUAAAAGCGGCGAACUAAAGCGCAGGAGGCUGAAGGCAGAAAGACAGAUGGAAGGAGGUGAUAGUUCCGUGUGCGCACCCGCUCGGAGGAUGCCAGACGUGCAGGAGUUUGUAAAUGCGCUCAAAAACGCGCUGGUGUCCCUGAUGCUGCUGCCGCGCUUCCUCUUGGCCGCGCUUCUGCUGUGGCUCCUCGACUUCGUGUGCAUCCGCAGGAAGAUGCUGCUGAAGAUGCGCGAACGCGAGGGCUCGAGUCCCGACGACCCGCCGGUGACGGUGUCCGACUCGAACCGGAUGUUCACGUUGGAGUCUCUGCGCGCCGUGUGGCACAGCCAGAAGUUGGACUUCUGCAAGGCGGCGCACCUGGGACUGGCGGCGCCCAACAGCGAGGUGGUGCCGCUCGGAGAGCGCAAACGCGCGCGCAUACUGGACUACGCCCGCGGCGCGAGACCGCUCAUCCUGAACUUCGGCAGCUGCUCGUGACCGCCGUUUAUGACGCGCUUGGCCGCGUUCCGGCGCGUGGCCGAGCAGUACGCCGACAUCGCCGACUCCCUGCUCGUCUACAUCGAGGAGGCGCAUCCGUCUGACGGCUGGGUGAGCACGGACGCGCCGUACCAGAUCCCGCGCCACCGCUGCAUUAAGGACCGGCUCCGGGCUGCGCGGAUCAUGAACGCCACGGUCCCAGGCAGCGUCGUGGUCGUGGACACCAUGGACAACUCGUCCAACACGGCGUACGGAGCCUACUUCGAGCGCCUGUAUGUAGUCAAGGACCAGAAGGUGGUGUAUCAGGGAGGACGGGGACCCGAGGGUUACCGUAUUUCGGAACUGAGGAAUUGGCUCGAGCAAUAUCGCCAAGAGCUCGAGAGCUCCAUACCGGUAGUAGUUCACGUCUAGAUGUUUCAACAAACAAACAAAAAAAAGUAGAUGCCAGUCAUUAUAUGUGCCAUGAAGAACACGAAAAGCGGGUGUCCUGGAAGCUGCUAUAAACUGAAAGCAACACUAUACGCGUUAACUUCUGCAGUCAAACGCGCAUCUUGUGUGUGUGCGUGUGUGUGCGCGCGCGCGCGUGUGUGUGUGUGUGUGUGUGUGUGCUGUUCUUCAGUGAUACAAACAGCAUGAUAAUUGUGAUUGUUCUGUUCUUGAGCCAGUGUUUAACGCAAAACUGUUUUCACAUUUCUCAUAUUUGAAUUAUUGUUUUAUUCUUGCAUGGCGUCUGUGUGUGUGUGUGUGUGUGUGUGUGUGUGUGUGUGUGUGUGAGUGAGAGGGGUUGGGGGGGGGGCGGUUUGUCUGUUUCAUUGUAUGCUGGUGUUGUAAUGAAGUUCGGUUUUUAAAAGGAUUUGAUCCAGAAAACCGAUUCUGAUGUACUCUGACACUAAAAUACUUAGUUACAGAAAAAUUGCCUUUUUUGUAAUGGCCAAACAUUGUUUUGUAAAAUGUGUAUAUUUUAUUGAACAAAUAUUUUUUAAAUAAAUGAUAGAACACAGA